UCUCUGCCAUUAUUCUUUUUUCCAUUUCCAUUUGUGUUGUAAAUUUUUUUUCCAUUGGAGAUAUUUGUUAUUCUCUAAUGAAAUCCCGUAAGAGAAAACGUGGCUGUGAGUCACAGCCUUACAGCUAUAUAGCUCGGAUACCCGACCAAGUAAAGCACUUAAACCGAUUAACUAAUGUUAGUGAUGUAGAUUGUAUACUCAAUCUAAGGAUGGACUGCAACACAUUCGAUCGAUUAUGUAACUUGUUAAAGCAACUAGGUUCUUUGGAUGACGGUAGAUAUGUAAGUGUCGAAGAACAAGUGGCGAUGUUCUUGUCAAUCUUAGCACAUCAUAAGAAGAAUAGGAUUGUCCGUUUUGAUUUUUGGAGAUCGGGACAAACAAUAUCACAUUACGUGCAUACUGUCUUGAAUGCCAUUUUGAAGCUCCAUGUACUCCUAUUGGUGAAGUCACAACCCGUUUCCGAAGAAUGUAGUGACUCGAGGUGGAAGUGGUUUAAGGGAUGCCUCGGUGCAUUAGACGGCACAUAUAUUAGUGUGUUGGUGCCCAAUAUUGACAAGGCCAGGUAUAGAACACGUAAGGGCCAGAUCGCGACCAACAUGCUAGGAGUAUGUGAUCGCAAUAUGAAGUUUGUGUAUGCACUGCCGGGUUGGGAGGGCUCAACUGCUGAUUCACGCGUACUCCGGGAUGCAGUCAACAGGCGACAUGGAUUUAGAGUCCCCCGCGGGAACUAUUAUUUAGUAGAUUGUGGCUAUGCAAACAGCAAAGGCUUUCUAGCACCGUAUAAGGGAGUGCGUUACCAUUUGAAGGAGUGUGGGCCUACUAAUUCAAGGCCAAAAAAAGGCUGAGGAGUUGUUUAAUCUACGACAUGUUAAGGCUCGGAAUGUUAUUGAGCGUGCAUUUGGGAUCAUAAAGAUGCGGUGGGCUGCACUGAGAAGUGCAACUUAUUAUCCGAUCAAAGUCCAAGUUAGGCUAAUCAUGGUGUGCGUUCUUCUUGAAAACUUCAUUCGUAUGGCAGUUGUUCCGAUCGAGCAGCAGUACGAUCUUCUUCUCCAAGACCUCGAGAACACCAAUGACGACCAAGAGGAUUUCGUUGAUACAAUUGAAUCAUCUCAAUAGUGGAACGCGGAUAGGGAUGUCCUCGCUCAAACAAUGUGGCAGCAAUAUUUACAUGCUAUGAAUUAAUGCAUGUGUAGUGAUUAACUCACAACCAUUUAUUUGAGUUGGAAUUUAAGACCAAUGUGUUUAUGAUCUAUACUUUGUCCUGUUCAUUAGAAUUUUGGUAUGGAUAUGCUGUGAUAUUUGUGUUGUUUUUUGCUUAUUGGAUUGGAUGGAAUUAGGCCAUUUCUAUUUUUGUUGUCUUUGCUUAAUGAAUAUAAUUUCUCGUAGUUGAUUGUUUUUUUUCUUCUUCUCCAAUCAUGUAAUCACCAUUUUCACGUUGGUUUUGCAGUAAAAAUGGAAAACUGGUAGUAGUACGUAAGCAAAACACCAAUGUGUGAAUGUGGUAAUGGACGGAUGCGUCUAUUACGCGCGUGGCAGACGUCGAGGAAUCCGGGAAGAUGCUUCUACAGAUGUCCAUUGAAAGGUAUUAUCGGCGAUCAUCCUAACGGAUUCAUAUGGUGUGAUGAAUAUCAACAUCCAGAGGCGGCAACGAACUUCGUUACACAUGAACAGGCAGCCACCUCACAGUCCGGUUGUUCGUUUACUGCAGAGCAACACGAUGCACCAAUGUUCCUGGGGAAUCAUUGCAUCUCACGCCAACCGAAUAUAUAUCAAAUUGAUUUACUACUUGUUUAUGUGUUCAUGAUUGUUGUUAUUUUAUUACUUGGUGUUUUGCUAGGCUUUGUCAUUGCUAAGAUGAGUUAGGUUAGGUGUUUUCAAUUUUGAAUACCCAUGAAAUACUUCAACUCAAAUCUUUUGAUCAUGGAGGAUUUAGAUUUUGUGGGAUUUUAAGUCCCAAAAAUAUAUAAAGACACAUUUCAGUUUUUGAAUUUUAGGAGUUGUUUU